AACAUAUAAUAAGUUGAUAUUUUUCGUUAUCAUCACCGGAGUUGGCUAGGGCGAGCUGAACGACACAAAAAUGGGGAGAAAGAAGCUAGAAAUCAAGCGAAUCGAAGAUAAGUGCAAUCGACAAGUCACUUUCUCCAAGCGAAGAACUGGAUUGCUCAAGAAAGCUAAACAGCUUUCUAUUCUCUGUGACGCCCAAAUCGGUGUUAUUAUUCGCUCCAACCGCGGCAAACUCUACGAAUUCUCCCACGCCACCAGCUUGAAUGAAGUUCUUCAAAAAUAUCAUGAUGUCACUGAUAUUGAGGAUAGAGAAACCAUCGGAAUCUUUGAGCCUAAGAGCUCAAAAUAUGCAGGGAAGCAGGCAGAUGAAAAUCUCUUGCCAAGAGUUCAAAGGUACCUAGCUGAGCUUGAUUUCGACCAGCUCCAUGUGCCUGACCUGGUGCAACUAGAGAAAGAACUAGAAAGUGCACUGGUACAAACAAAAGCAGCAAAGAUCCUUGUCAAUACGCAGCAGAUGAUGAAACCAGUAACAACUCUCCAAGAAAAGAAAAAGUUGCUGAGAGAAGAAAAUGAGCUCCUGGCGCAGCAGAUAGCUGCAAUGGCAAAGGAAAACACAGCUGCCAAGGACAAGACCGGGGAGGCUGCAAAUAAUGAGACGCUCAUGUUGCUUUGUUAGAUCUCUGCUCAAAAUGUCCGAUACAACCAAAGCAUUUCACAACUGUUGUUUCUAAAUCCGAGCGCUUUGUUUCUCUGGUCUCUCUAAUGUUUACUUGUGUGUGUUGGUUUCAAUUAAUAAACUGUGUAAACUGUGUGCUGUGUGUUCUGUUUUUGCAUUUCUCAGAAAUUACUUUCAUAAUCCUCCAAUAGUUUUUUAAGGUUUUUUCCUUCA